AUGGAAGACGGUGGAAGAAGGAAAGACGGCGUCGUGUGUUCUUCGGAAACGGCGAACGGAGGCGAAGAUGUGUAUAGCUGUAAAGAAUCCAAUCAGUCGUCUGCGGAUCAUCUUGUUAUUAUGGUCCAUGGAAUUCUCGGAAGUGCCUCGGAUUGGAAGUUUGCUGCUGAGCAAUUUGUCAAUAAGCUCCCUGAUAAAGUUUUUGCUCACUGUAGUGAACGAAAUAUGUCAAAGCUAACAUUGGAUGGUGUGGAUGUAAUGGGUGAGCGACUAGCUGAGGAGGUUCUCGAUGUAAUCAAAAGGAAGCCUGGCUUAAGGAAAAUUUCAUUCGUUGCACAUUCUGUAGGUGGCCUUGUGGCAAGAUAUGCUAUCGGGAGAUUAUACAGACCUCCAAAGGGGGAGAGUACAGAAGAGAUAUCAGCCAAUGCUUGUGAAGAAGGGUUGAAGGGUACAAUAGCUGGUUUAGAACCGAUGAACUUUAUCACUGUUGCUACUCCUCAUCUUGGUUCCCGGGGUAAUAAGCAGGUACCAUUUCUGUUUGGUGUAACAGCUUUUGAGAAAGCUGCUGGUCGUGUAAUUCAUUGGAUAUUUAGGAGAACAGGAAGACACCUUUUUCUUACAGACGAUGAUGAAGGGAAGCCUCCACUACUUAAACGCAUGGUGGAAGAUCAUGAAGAAUCUGAAUUCAUGUCUGCUUUACAAUCAUUCCGACGGCGAGUGGCAUACUCAAAUGUUGGUUAUGACCAUAUUGUGGGCUGGAGAACUUCAUCAAUUAGACGGAAUAAUGAAUUGCCAAAGUGGGAGGAUUCUGUAGAUGAAAAAUAUCCUCAUGUGGUCUAUGAAGAGCACUGCAAGGCUCUAGAUGUGAAGCAUCAAGAGUCUAUUUCAACAGAGGAUGAUGGUUUAGAUAAUCUGGAAGAGGAACUGGUGACUGGCUUAUCUAGUGUGUCAUGGGAGAAAGUAGACGUCAGCUUCCAUAGCAGCAGGCUUAGAUUUGCUGCCCAUAGUGUCAUUCAGGUUAAAGACCAAUACAUGCAUUCAGAAGGUGCAGAUGUUAUACAACACAUGAUAGAUCAUUUUCUUUUAUAG